GUGGUCUCUUCUGCAGGAUAAUGACACUAUGUGACAACAGCCCCUUAACUUAACGAGUUUGACAUCGAGACAGCUGGUCCUGAUGUUGACAGUAACCAUGGAUGAGCAGGAAGCCCUGAACUCCAUCAUGAAAGACUUGGCCGCUCUGGGCAAGGGCCGGAAGUUGCUGGAUUACGACAUCGAGAAUAAACAGGAGGUGAGGAUCAAAUUUGAACACAAUGGAGAAAAACGAAUCAUGCAAUUCUGCAGUCCGGUGAAGAUGAAGGACAUCCAACAGAAGGUGAAAGAUGCCUUUGGGCAGCAGUUGGACUUACACUUCAUUAACAACGAGGUUCGCACCCACUUGCGAUGCCAGAAUGAGCUGGACGCUGCCAUUGAGCACUUGGACCCAAACUCCAGUCUGAAAACCUUGAGGAUUUUGCUCCUGCCUCGGAAGACCACCCACGUGAGUCCGUCAACAUGCUGUCUCAUCGGUGCGUCUCCAUUGCCGAGAAAUACGGAGAAGCUGCCUGAGAUUCGGAUGAGCAAGUCUAUGGGAGACCUACUGGGAUCGUCGUACAACGGCAAUGAACGCCAUCGCAAGCUGUCGACUGGUUCGCUGCAGAAUGGUCGCAGUUCCCCUCCCCCCGGGAGCGUACCUGAGGGUCAGCAGCAGUUUGUCCGGCAAGGGUCAUUCACCAGCAUCCACAGCGAGGGCGAGUUCAUCCCCGAGACGCUGGGACUAAACAUCCACGACCCCUACAGCAGUGCUGAAGCCUCACUGUCUGGAAGCUGCCAAUCGCUGGAUAGAUCAAUAGACAGCCCAUCGUACGGCCAGGUGGGCCUUGGAACGAGUUACCCUGAUGAGUGGUCCAGCUUCACAGAUCAUUCUAAAUACUCGUACGAAAGGGCGGGAAAAGGAGGCUCUUACCCACGGCAGUUUGCGUUUUCAAACAACAGCAAGAAGUACAGUGAUGGGCGAAGGACCUUUCCACGAAGUUUCAUCCAUCAGGAGAACCUUUUCCAGCUGGUGCCUUCGGUCCGCUCGCAGAGCUUCAGCGGGGACAGCAUGGGCAACACCAUACACUCAGACAAUAACUGGACCAUUCAGUGGAGCAACGAGGACCAGACCUGCCUGAAGGUCCAAGACAACCAUCUCUCCUUGGCGUCACCGAGAGCUCCUGUCAACUGGAGGCUAGGCAAGUUUCUGGGUCGCGGAGCAUUUGGAGAAGUUUAUCUGUGCUACGAUGCCGACACAGGGAGAGAACUGGCCGUCAAACAGGUGGCCUUCGACCCCGACUGCCAAGAAACCAGCAAGGAAGUCAGUGCCUUGGAAUGUGAGAUCCAGUUGUUGAAGAACCUUUGUCACCACAGGAUUGUGCAGUAUUACGGGUCGUUGCUGGACUCGAUGAAGAGAAGGUUGUCCAUCUUUGUAGAGUACAUGCCCGGCGGCUCAGUCAAGGACCAGAUUAAAGCUUACGGUGCUCUGACCGAGAAUGUUACGAGGAAGUACACCGGGCAGAUACUCGAGGGAGUGUCCUACCUACACAGCAACAUGAUCGUACACAGAGAUAUCAAAGGCGCCAACAUCCUACGGGAUUCUGUGGGCAACGUCAAGCUGGGCGACUUUGGGGCCAGUAAGCGUCUGCAGACCAUCUGCAUGUCGGGGACGGGGAUUAAGUCAGUGACCGGGUCGCCGUAUUGGAUGAGUCCGGAGGUGAUCAGCGGAGAGGGCUACGGCAGGAAGGCUGACGUGUGGAGUGCUGGCUGCACAGUGGUGGAGAUGUUGACAGAGAGACCUCCGUGGGCAGAGUAUGAGGCCAUGGCUGCCAUCUUCAAGAUCGCCACGCAGCCCACCACACCCCAGCUCCCGGACGGAGUGUCCAGCGCCUGCCGCGCCUUCCUCAAGCUCAUCUUCGUGGAGGAGAAGCGACGGCCAUCAGCGGAGGCCCUCCUACGACACCCCUUCCUACAGUAUAUCCUGUAGCGCAGUCUUCAUUACAACCUGUGUGUAGGAAGGGGCUGCAGAUGCUGCUUUACACCGAAGAUAGACACAAAAAUAACUCAGCGGCCAUCUCUGGAGGGAAGGAAUGGGUGACGUUUCAGGUUGAGAUGUU